UUGCAAAUAUGGGAUAAGCCACGACUGCCGGGAUGUGGGGCUGACCCACACAAGCGCUGGCACACACCACAGGACCCCACAGCCAGAUCAGUCCCCUGCACAGGCAGCCCCCACCAGCGAUGCUGCCUUACGCCAGGCAGGAUCCGGCUCUGCCCAUACUGGUGACAGAGUUAAACCCCGACCUGGUGGCGCAGGUGGUACCUGGGAGGUGUUCGCUCCAUUAAUUCUGGCACUUGAGGAGAGCAGGACUGGGAAAAGAUUAGUUAUUAACCUGGCCAGCACCUCCUGCCCGGUGGGUACCCCUCCCCAGGAGCUUCCAGGGCUCGAUCCCACUGCAGGGCCCUUUGCCACGGCCAGAGGGGCCAAGGGGCAGGGGGGCUUGGCUGGCAAGGCCAGUGUUUGGCAGGAGCUCCAGCUCUGCUUGUGGCAGGCCAGGACCGCCACCACCCCCCCUCACCAACCGGUGCUUAUUCACUUGGCGAGGGAGGUGGAAAUGUGCUGACCGCGUCCGCCGGUGGCGAGGGGCUCCGGUCUGGACAGAACCGGCUGGGGUGGAAAACAGCUCCCCAGCCCCGGCCUGAGCGGCAGCGGGGAGGGCAGUGGGGCCCCCAGGUACAGCUUUCGCCUUCCCGCGGGGAGCUGCUGUGGCCGGCUGAGUGGGAGCUGCCACGGAGCUGGGGCGCAGUCGGCCGUGCCACUGUGCUGCCGCGCCAGCCGCCUGGCCCUGCAGCUCCAUAGGAAAGGUAAGCCUGGAAAAUAUGCGCCUGGCGUGCCGAUGUUUUUGGAGUGAGCCAGCAGGGAAGCCUGGCCCAGGUCCCAGUGCCAUGCCAAGCUGCAGCCCAGCCCCUCACCAUGGCUGCUGUGCCAGAGGAAAUGGCACCAUGGGGACCACUGUGGUCCCCAGCCCAUCCACGGCACUGGGGAACGGGGAACAGGCUCUGCCCUCGCCAAAAGGGCUGUGCCAGGCACUGACCACCCCGGCACGCACCGGUCCCUUGCAGUCCACAGUUGGUCCCUGCCAGGCAGCCAGCACGUGGUGGCAUCACACCCAGCGUACCCCACAGCCGCCUCCCUGGUGGGGUGUUUCUGUAGGACCUACAAAAACCCCAGGGGUGCGCAGGAAGGGCUGGAAAGCCAGAAGGGUCCCCACGGGAAAGGGGGUAGGAAAUCAAACGCCAUGGGGGGGGACGCGAGGGUGAAAGCUGUGCAGCUGCAGGACAGCCUCGGCAGGGCAGACGCCUGGCAGCGGUCCCACGGCGGGUGUGGGGGUGGCGGGGGGCUUGAGCUGAGUCAGCAGCCGGGAAACCCACCGGCCCCACGCGGCGGAAGGAAACAGGCAGCAGGAAGCUGCAUGCAGCGUGGCCUGGGCUGCGGUCACGGCCAGCCCGGCAGCCAGCCCGCACUCCUGGCACUGCUUACCGCGGCUGAGCCAUUCCCAGAGAGCGGGGGCUACUGCCAGGCCCCUGCGAGCCUGAACUCCGGCUCCCUGGGGAAACUGAGGCACAGGAGGCUGCUGCAGAGUCCCCCUGCCCACGCCGCCCUGCUCCAGCACCCAUGCGAGGGCACACGCGUGUGCACAUGUCUCAGUUGGGAGGGACCAUCCUCCCCCGACAGCCGUCCUGCAGCCCAGCGCUCCACAGGGAGAAGGGCAGGAUGGCAGCAGCGGGUGCAGCACCCAGCCCAGACACGCCAUCUCCUCGCCGCAGGCUCUGGCAGGUGCCGGUCCUCGUGCCGUGGGUGCUGCCGGCUCCGGCUCUGCCGCCCUUUCUGCUGGGAUUGUUUUCAUCCCAUGCCGGGCUGGGGGAGGACCCGCCAGAGGCACGUUGAACUUUCGUCCGCAUCCUUCGCCUUCUUGCUUCACCCUCCCAAAAUAGCAGCGCCUGCCUGGAAACCUCCCCGGAGGCUGGCAGGGCCCCGGUCCCCCGGGGCACCCCGACUCUCCCGGGGCAUUCCCCUGUACCCGAGCCGCCGGGAUGGGUGACUGCAGGGUGCCCCCGCUCAGCUCCAAGGCGCACGGCCACCCCGCCGGGGCAGGGACCACCGACCACCGCCGCGGCUGCCCCGGGCCGCCGGCGGGAAGGGCUCUCUGGGGCCCCGCCGCCCUGCCAAGGGCUCCGGCUUUAGCCGUCAGCUGACAUUCCUGCGGGAGGCCCCUCCGGGCUGCGCCUUGGGGCUUCCCGCCGGGAGCCGGUGCUUCCUGCCCCGCUCCCGGCCCCCCGAGGACCUCGCCGGGCUGGAUGCCACCGGCCCAGCACCAGGUGGUGGGGGCGAGGCCCCGUGCGGGUGAUGCUGCCCCGGCACAGACGGCCCCCCACCCCCCCGCCGCCAUCCCAUGUCCCCCGAGGGUCUUUCCCGGUGGCGCCAGCCCCGCAGCGCCGGGCAGCCCCGGCCCCGCUGGGCUGAGACCCCACGGACUCAUCGCCGCGAUGGCCAGGGUCCCUGGAUGCCCCGCUCAGCGCCAGCACUGCGGUGCAGGAUGGGUGCUGCAGCGGUGCCGCCAGCAGCUGCCUGCAUGCUGCUGGCCCUGCUCCCCACGGCCAGCGGACAAACCAUCCCUCCCUCCGGCUGCGGCAAGGACCUCGCCUCCCUCUACUACAACCUCUGUGACCUCUCGGCAGUCUGGGGCAUUGUGCUGGAGGCCGUGGCCAGCCUCGGUGUGGUGACCAGCUUCGUGCUCACCAUCGUCCUGGUGGCCAGCCUGCCCUUCGUGCAGGACCCCCAGAAGAAGAGCCUGGUGGCCACGCAGGUCUUCUUUCUUCUGGGCACUUUUGGGCUCUUUUGCCUGACAUUCGACUUCAUCGUGGGGGCAGAUUUCUCCACCUGCACCUCACGCCGCUUCCUCUUCGGCGUCCUCUUUGGCAUCUGCUUCUCCUCCCUGCUGGCACAUGCCAUGGCCCUCAACUUCUUGGUGCGGAGGAACCGGGGCCCGCGGGGCUGGGUGACGCUGGUGGUGGCCCUGCUCCUCACCUUGGUGGAGGUCAUCAUCAACACCGAGUGGCUCAUCAUCACAGUGGCACGGCAGGAGGGUGGCUCCUCUGACCCUUGCCAGCUGGCGGAUGCUGACUUCGUCAUGGCACUCAUCUACGUCAUGUUCCUGCUGGUAGCCGCCUUUGGCACCGCCUGGCCAGCCCUCUGUGGCCGCUACAGCCGCUGGCGCAAGCACAGCACCUUCAUCCUGGCCACCACCGGCCUCUCCAUGGCCAUCUGGGUGUCAUGGACGACCAUGUACCUCUACGGGAACCAGCACGUGGGCAAGAAGCCUGGCUGGGAUGACCCCACGCUGGCCGUUGCACUGGUCUCCAACGCCUGUACUUUCCUUCUCCUCUACGUCAUCCCCGAGGUGACGCACAUGACGCGGCGGGGCCCUGAGCAACCCUUCGAGGAUGACACCUACCCCACGCGCGGGGUGGGCUACGAGACCAUCCUCAAGGAGCAGAAGUCACAGAGCAUGUUUGUGGAGAACAAAGCCUUCUCCAUGGACGAGCCCUCCUUUGCCAAGAAGCCGGUGUCCCCAUACAGUGGCUACAACGGGCAGCUGCUGACCAGCGUCUACCAGCCCACCGAGAUGGCUCUGAUGCACAAAGGGCCGACCGAAGGUCCGUAUGACGUGAUCCUGCCCCGUGCCUCCACCAGCAGCCCCGCAGCCGGCAGCAGCAGCUCCACGCUGCGAGCCGAGGACGCCUUCGCGGCACAGGCCCGGCACGGCAGCGCCCAGCGGGAUGGCAGGAACUGCCAGGUGCAGUCCCCGUACAGCAGGAACCGCUGGUGAAGUCCAGGUGGGAUGGCCAUGGCCCCUCUGUCCCGCUCCUGAGGUCUCGCCAAGCCUCCUCCUGCCCCGCCACGUGCAUCCCACCCCGUCUGGCAGCUGAAGCCGGUUCCUGUGCAGGGAGAUGCCUGGAUGCGGUCCCGGAGCCACCACUCCUGCCUGCCCGUCCUGCCUGGCUGCGGCACCCGCAAGCUGCCAGUUCUGCCCGGACCCCCACGUCCCUGCCACUGUCCCUGCUGCAAGGACUGGCUCCCACGGGGCCACUCGGAGUCGUCCCCUCACUGCCUUUGUGACGCACAGACACCCCAUCCCCCCUGGGCCAGAGACCAUCUGCUGCUGGGGAUUGGGGGGGCUCCUGCCCAGGGUUCCCCCCGGUGCGGAGCCCCUGAUCCCACGCUGACCCUCACCAGCCCCAGGGACUUCGCAGGCCCUGAGCCAAGCCAGCACCGUCCCACGCAGGGCACAGGGUGACAUGAAGCUCUCCCCAGCUCUGACUGCUGCUGUGCCUCAGUUUGCCCCUUGCUGGGGUAUGGGGGGCUGCUCGGGGUCCAGGGGAUCCGUGCCUUGCUGGAGCUGGGGAUCUGGCCCCCCAUGGCUCCAGCCGCCUUCUCGGUGCCUUCCCCCUCCACGGCUCGGGGAUCCCUCCCAGGGAGCAGGGAGGAAGCUGGGCCCCUCACCCUCCUCGUGGCUUUCUCUGUUGUUUUUCCUUUCCCCCCCCUUUUUUUUCAGGUCAGCCCCCAAUAAACGCGGUUUUUCCUACA